AUGCAUGUAGUUCAUGAUGAUGUGAGAUGUGGACCGUGGCAGUUUAAGCCAUAUUUGCACUGCAGCCCAUUGGGCAACACCUUCCGUCUCCUCCCUGGCUGGCCCGAGGCGAGACUUGCUGAGAGCAAACGUCAGCAGCAGAGAAUACUCGCCUCUUCGUUCAGUUCUCCAGCUGCAGGGUUACCGAGUAAUGACCCAUCGCCGUGGAGAGAGAGAUCUUUGACAUUCUUUCUCCGACGAGGACUGCGUCCGAUCCAACACACAGUAAUCACCACCAACCUCAUCGGCACAACCACGCUCUCGCCCGAUCGCUCAGGCUGUCCCACCGUCCUCGAUCUCGCACACAGUUUCCAAACUCUCUCUCGUAACCUUGAGCGCUUCGUCGAUCACGCUCUGCGGUACAGCAAGACUUUGCGCGCUGCCAGCGCUGCCCGCCGCCGCCGCCUCGCCAUUCGUCUUCUUGCCAUUGACCUCGGAUGUGCCGUUGGUCGCCGCCGCCGCCUUGCUGCUACCGCCGCCCGUCACGGUGUCCUGCCGUAUGUCGUCCAUAACGCGCUUGAGAAGGGCGGGGAAGUUGGAGCACUCGCCGGAGCGCAGGAGGGACAGGGCGUGGUUCUGGACGGCGGUGGGCCAGUUGGAAGGGUGGGCGUGGAGGGUGUGGAGCAGGUGCUCUUGGAUCCUGGUUUUUUGGGAGGAAGACGGUUAGUUUAG